AUGAAUGUUGUCUGCUUUUACCUCCUCCCCGUUCUGGGGCUACUGGUGUCUGGUGUGUCCUUGUGUCCCGUGGAUGAAGCCAUCAAUCAGAAGAUCCAGAAAGACUCCAGCUCCCUAAUUCGUGAGACUAUGAGAGGCCUUCACCUGGAUUGCAGAAGUGUCACCUCCAGGGGAGACCUGGCCAGCUGCCCUGCAGGGUUCGCCGUCACUAGCUGCACGUGUGGCUCUGCCUGUGGUUCCUGGGACAUUCGUGCUGAGACCACCUGCCACUGCCAAUGCUCGGGUAUGGACUGGACCGGAGCACGCUGCUGCCGCCGCUGCCUUGAGAGCUUACCUGCGCAAUGCAUGCUGGACAUCAACCAGAAAUUCCCUUACCAGGUUCUCCGUCCCGACCUCAUUGCAGCCCACAAGAUGCUAUGA